UCACAAUUUCAUUGCUUUACUGGCUUCCAUUUAUUCAUAAUAAUAAAGACACCACACAUUUUCUAAUAAGAACUGGCCUAGUGAUGUGCUGCAGGCGAGCAGCUGUUCAACGAUAACUUAUCGCAGCAGCAGCUGAGCAGAAGACGACGACGUGUACAAGUACAACAGCACCAGCAACAACAACUUGAGCUGAGCGGAGCGGCCACUGUACAUCAUCAUCACUAUCAUCAAUAUUAACGAACCCGAAAUUAUUUACGCGUUCAGACAAAACAGAGUCCUAACAAAAGCGCAACUGUGAUUUUUCUUGUAUUGUGCAACAGCCGCAGUAGCAAUAGCAGCAACAGCUAAAAAACUAAAAAGGCAAAAAGAAUGGCCAAAACGUACGACUACCUGUUUAAAUUGCUGCUAAUUGGCGAUUCAGGUGUUGGCAAAACCUGCAUAUUGUUUCGAUUCUCAGAGGAUGCGUUCAAUACAACGUUUAUAUCCACAAUAGGUAUCGAUUUCAAAAUUAGAACAAUUGAAUUAGAUGGCAAGAAAAUUAAAUUGCAAAUAUGGGACACUGCCGGCCAGGAGCGUUUCCGCACAAUUACCACGGCCUAUUACAGAGGUGCCAUGGGCAUUAUGCUGGUCUAUGACAUAACGCAGGAGAAAUCUUUCGAGAACAUAAAAAAUUGGAUAAGAAAUAUCGAAGAGAAUGCUUCGGCGGAUGUGGAGAAAAUGUUGUUGGGCAACAAAUGUGAACUGAACGAUAAGAGACAGGUUUCGAAAGAGCGCGGUGAGCAGUUGGCUAUCGAAUAUGGCAUCAAGUUUAUGGAGACAUCCGCGAAAGCAAGCAUUAAUGUGGAAGAGGCCUUCCUCACGCUCGCCAGUGAUAUCAAAGCGAAAACGGAAAAGCGAAUGGAGGCGAACAAUCCACCCAAAGGCAGCCAUCAGCUAAAACUGACAGAGAGUCGAAAACCAGACAGUUGGCUGUCGAGAUGCAGUUUGCUUUGACGUGGCAACGUUCAGUUGGCACUGAUGCGGCAUGGUGGUAAUAAUUACGAUAAUGUAUGUGGUAGUAGUUUUCUUAACUCGUGUUAAGUCGAACAACAGAACAACAACAGCAUAGUUACAGACAAAAGACACAGACAGACGAUAGACAGACAGCAAACACCCUUAACAAUAGAAAAAGAAGAAGAUAUAGAAGGGAAACGAUGAACAUACGAUAUACAACAAAAACAAAAAUAAUACACUUAUUAAUUUUUACAUGCGCUCUCGUUUGCACAUUUGCAACAUAUAGACGGUUUAUACAGUUUAUGGUUUUAAAAUCGCAUAAAUAAUAAUGACAUGACGAAAUAACGUAUACAAUAACAUACAAUACACACCAAUACAUACAUACAUUAAUGUUGAAACGGAACACAUAUAUAUAUAUAGGAAUACGAUCUAGCGAAGAAUUGUGUGAAACGAAAAGUGAAAAGUGGAAAGCCAAUCUAGCAACACAGCCCGCCCUCUCUGGUACUCACCUCACCAUUAAAAUUAAAUUAAACAAGUUACUCCUAUGUGUAAUUAAUUUUCUGUAGCAAAAACAAUGCAGCCAUGGUUGUUGUUCAUUUUGUAAAUCUUUAAUUACAAGUUUAAUUAUAAAUAAUUAUAUAUAUAUAAAUGUACUUUUUAUAUAUAUGCGCUAAUUUAGUACACUGUUUUGCUCAUCAUUUGUAAUAAAUACAUAAACUAUUUAAAACGCA